AUGGGUGAAGUGACACUUAUCAAAGAAGAACAAGAAGACGGAGUGGACGUUGAUGGAGGAAAAGAAAUUAGUUAUGAAGAAAAAGUUAAUAAUUGUAAUUCUAUCGCUAAUCCCAUGGCUCCAAAAAAACUAACCAAGAAAAUUUACAAGCUAAUUAAAAAAGCGUCAAAACAGAAAACUUAUUUGAGAAAUGGUCUCAAGGAUGUACAAAAGCAUAUAAGGAAAGGCGAAAAAGGAAUCGUAAUCUUUGCUGGUGAUGUAUUUCCAAUAGAAAUAAUGUGCCAUUUACCAGUGGUCUGUGAAGACAAAGAGAUUCCAUACUGUUACGUACCAUCCAGACAAGACAUUGGCACUGCUAUGGGCGUGAAACGAGGCAGUCUGAUGGUCCUAAUUAAAGAACAUGCUGAUUACAAGGACCUUUACGAUGAGCUCCAAGAAGCUAUCAAACAUCUUGCUUCCCCACUCUAGAGAUA